CAACAAAUUGCUCGUUUCCACUCUUCGUAAAACAAAUUCUAAUGUUCCAAAAUAUUCGCGUAAUGCCGUUAACGAUAUCGCAUCAUAAAUGUAAGAGUGCACAAAAUACCUUGAUCGAUCGAAACUAAACGAGAUGAUGGAACUGAUUAUUUCAUUUUGGAUCUUCGAUUCUAUCACUAGACUUCGAUGUAUCUCCAGAUAUUUUAACGAGUCGCGGCCGGUCAACGUCCGCAGCUCGCACCAAUGCACUACACGACGAGUUGUUCGCACGAUGAUGAAAUCACGCACGGAACGGACGUCCGUAGGAUUGACGACGCAACCGGCAGCUAGACAACGUUUCGGGCAACGCUACUUGCCGGAGAUCGCUACAGGAUUUCAGGAUGGCACACAGGACGAAGGAUUCUCGGAUACAGACAUUGCACGAGCGAGUGGUGAUAGAGGAUGGGAGAUUCACCACGUUACGGUUACCAGAGUCCCCGGUUAUGGUUUUGGAAUAGCUGUGUCAGGAGGUCGCGAUAAUCCUCAUUUCAUUAAUGGUGAUCCAGCAAUCGCAAUCUCCGAUGUGCUCAAAGCCGGUCCAGCCGAAGGAAAAUUACAAGUGAACGACCGUAUCAUAUCCGCCAAUGGAAUAUCGUUGGAAGGCGCUGAUUACGGGGCAGCCGUCCGAGUCCUCCGGGAUUCCGGUUCUACCGUUUUAUUAGUUGUUAAACGAAGAGCUUCCUCGAAUUCACCCGGUUGUUUAGGCAGCGGAGUACCCCAGAGUCAUCGGCUCACACUCACGCGAAACAAUAAAAAGGAUGAUUUCGGCAUAACACUGGGAUGUCGAUUGUACGUAAAGGAGGUUACGCGAGAGAAUAUCGGGGUGAAAACCGGGGACGUAUUAACCCGAAUAGGCAACUCCGCCGCCGACAAUCUGAGUCUGAAAGACGCUAGAAAGCUGAUGGACCAGCACAGAGACAGACUCUCGAUUGUAAUUACGCGGGAUAGCACGUGUUGCCAUGUACAGCAGCAAGGUAAAGGGGAUAGCGGUGAAUACCUGUCGGGCGCAAGUUACAGUAGUCAGAAUUUGUACGUUCCACCACCCACGAGGCAGUCCGAGGACAAGAGUAACCUCUUGCCGAGGGGUCGCUCGCGGGGUCCGCUGAUGGACGUGUCUUUGAGCCAGCUGGACCUGCCAGCUACGCCUACAGUAGAUCCACCCAGACCGCCGCCACCGAGACCGGAAGAUUAUUACAGUACGCGUAGACAAUUGUAUGAUGAAGAUUCAAUUUCGCCUCGGACAAAACAACCUAUGCCGGAUCCUCGAUUUAUUACAUUCCAAAAGGAGGGAUCUGUAGGCGUGCGAUUAAGCGGCGGCAAUGAAACCGGGGUCUUUGUAACUGCAGUUCAAGCGGGAAGUCCUGCAUCGCUUCAGGGUCUUCAGCCGGGGGAUAAAAUUCUAAAAAUAAAUGAUAUGGAUAUGAAGGAGGUCACGAGGGAAGAAGCCGUACUAUUCCUUCUUAGCUUGCAAGAACAAAUCGAUCUUAUCGUGCAACAUCGACGUCAGGAAUACGACCAAAUCGUUGCGUCUGGCAGAGGCGACUCUUUUCACAUAAAAACUCACUUCCAUUAUGAGCAACCGCAAAAAGGAGAGAUGAGUUUUCGCAGCGGCGAUGUUUUUCACGUGGUAGACACUCUUCACAAUGGCGUCGUAGGAUCCUGGCAGGUUUUUCGAAUUGGACGAAACAAUCAAGAGGUACAAAAAGGCAUCAUACCUAAUAAGGCCCGAGCUGAGGAGCUUGCAACUGCGCAGUUCAACGCGACGAAGAAAGAGAUGAGUGCCAGCGAGAACAGAGGUAGCUUCUUCAGGAGAAGAAGAAACAGUCACAGACGCUCCAAGUCGUUAGGAAGGGAUCAUUGGGACGAUGUAGUGUUUUCUGAUAGCGUCAGCAAAUUUCCGGCUUACGAACGCGUGAUUUUAAGACAUCCUGGAUUUGUCAGACCUGUCGUUCUAUUUGGUCCCGUGGCUGAUCUUGCCAGGGAAAAAUUACUCAAGGAUUUCCCUGAUAAAUUCACCUCGCCACAAAUGGAAAGUCAAAUGGAGGAUGGUACUGGAAAGAACACCAAAACAUCUGGCAUUAUUCGCCUAAGCGCUAUCAGGGAAGUAAUGGAUAGAGGAAAGCACGCGUUGCUUGACAUCACUCCGAAUGCCGUGGAUCGCUUAAAUUAUGCUCAAUUUUAUCCGAUCGUUAUUUUCCUGAAGGCCGAGACGAAACAAGUCAUUAAAGAGAUGAGAGCUGGUAUACCAAAAUCAGCGCAUAAAAGCAGUAAAAAGCUUUUGGAGCAAUGCCAAAAGCUCGAUAAGAUCUGGGGACAUGUAUUUAGCGCGGUAAUCACUCUCAAUGCACCGGAAGCCUGGUACCGGAAGCUGAGAGAGCUUAUCGACCGUCAGCAGCAAGGUUCAUUGUGGAUGAGUCAAACUAAGCCGGAAGAAGCCCUCUCGGAUGACUUCCUAUUCCCGAUGACUUCUCGCCUCUCCUACGCUUCCUCUCCGGAGAGCGAUCUGGAGCUGAGCCCAGCGCCUGUUAUCCCUGGCACUUUGGGUCCACCGUCACGGCUAAAAAGUAGUUCCGAUCCGAGCAUUGCCACUCAAGACGAUACUACUGCACCGCCACCAUACUCGACAAAUUAUCAGCAAUCAUUCGAGCAGCAGAAGAGAAGAUCCCAAGGCGGAAUGGGCGCUGACAGCAAGUAUGGCUUCUCCUUAUCCGGUCAAAGGAGCAAUCAAUCCGGUUCGCCGGAAUAUCUGGGCAGCUCCUUCGAACCUAGAUCUCCUCAUCAUAGCCCACCGGAUCUGCCACCUCGAGUUGAUCGAAAUGCGAAACCGAUUAAUCAUACGCCGCGGGGAACGAUAGGGCGGUCCGCUCAAGAACGUCUAGGAGUGAAUAAAACCGACUCAAUUCUAGAUAUGGGGAAUUACAUCAAUGCAACCCCUCACAAAGCAAAUGCCACAUCAUCCCUCGAACGGGCACAGCCGAAAGCGGGAAGUUACGACAGCAUGUCUUCAUACGAUUCGUACAACAACACUAACGGGAACGCAAACUACGGAAUGGCAAAUUUGAACACGUCGACAGGUCGUUUAGGCCCGAAUGUACCAGAUGAUCUCAAAAGCAGCAAUAUGCCAGCGAGAGCGCACGAUCCAUAUAGAUUCACUAGAUCUACAGCUCAGCCCAUUUCCACGCAUGACGCUCAGACGCGAACUGAUUAUGCCAAAUACAGCCGAUCUACCGACUACAAAUCAGUACCAGUUUCGCAAAAUAAACCGGCAGGCACCUAUAAACCAAUUCCGCCUCCGAAGCCGAAGAAUUACAGACCACCGCAAGCAUCUCUUGGACAAACGGAGAACAACGGGAAUGACGGGAGUAAUUCGUACCAACACUCGAAGAGCUAUUCCAUCGCUACAUCGCAUGUACAUAACGGGGUAGAAAGUAAUAGCAGUGUGCAGCGCAACAGCGGUCAGUAUUACUACAACAUCCCGCCGCCUGGCCGUCACAACGAGGGCAAUAUCGUGAAUUCGCAUCACAAUCUAAGUCAUCUGACGUCGCCGACGCACAGCCACAGCCUCAGUCACACGCAUUCUCACUCGAGCCCGCCAGUGACCACCACGCAUUCCCACAGCAACAGCACUGGCCAAAUCAGUCUCGGUCUGACGCAUAACCGGAACAGCACGAAUCACAAUGGAUAUAUGCACAGUAAUAACCACGCUCCCGCAGGGUCGCUCUAUCUCUCCGCUAAUCCUGGACACAAUAGGGAACCCAGCGGUCUGGACUUGGCUGGUAGUCGAGAACAGAGAGGAAGCGCUUUCGAACUCUACCGAAAGCCGGUUCAUCAUUACAAUAUGAGUUAACGUGUAUCCUGAUGCAAGACUUAUUAUAUUAGGAUGAAUUAAUGAAUCUAUCGAGGUACGCAGAGAAAUGAGCCGUGCAAUGUCGUAGAUAACAAAAAGACACGAAGUUACGUUAGCUAAGACAUAAUAUCACGAAAAAUACUGUGCCUUCCAACACGACAAAAAAAUUUUAACUUUCAGUUUAUGUAAGGAAGUCCUGAAGAUAUUAACGGACAAAUCGUUUUUUACCUUUACGAAGAAGUACUUAAGUAUUUUCUACGGGCAACACAUUUUGUAUUA